AAUCAAUUGUUUUAUGUGAAAAAUCUGAAGAAUCAUCUGACAGCUAAAAAUAUUUUGUUUGAAAAUGGUUGCCAUUGGAGAUCCCGAAAAGAAGACUGUCAGUCAGACUGAAGACAAUGACUUGGGCGCACGAAAUCCCAUGCUCUAUGACCCGCUGCAGGAUGGCGUUGUGAGGACUACGAAGAAAAUGCAAUAUUUUGCAGCCAUGGUGGUAUGUUUGGGAGCUGUAUCUGCUGGUACAGCCUUGGCGUGGACAUCACCAGUACUGCCACAGAUAAGUGAGGAUCCCACCGUUAAUACAACAGCUAGUAAUUCAACAGAUGGAUCAACGCGAUUACAAUUGACAUUAAAUCAGCAGACUUGGGUCAGUUCUCUCUUAGCUAUCGGAGCUUUUCUGGGUGCCUUGCCAACGGGAUACAUUGCUGAUCUCAUUGGACGCCGUUACACUGCCAUGGUUAUGGAUGUGCCUUUUAUACUGGCAUGGACGGCGACAAUUUUUGCCAACUCUGCUGGAGUUCUAUACUUUGCACGUUUCACAAUUGGAUUGGCCACUGGCAGUUUCUGUGUUGUUGCUCCCAUGUACAUUUCUGAAAUUGCUGAAAGCAGUAUUAGAGGCACUUUGGGCACACUUUUCCAACUGACUUUGUCAGUGGGCAUAUUACUGGUGUAUAUAAUUGGUUCAAUGGUAACAUGGACCACACUGAGCAUAUUAUGUUUGACUGUUCCCGUAGCGCUGUUUGUGGGAAUGAUAUUUUUGCCCGAGACACCCACAUAUUUGCUUAAGAAGGGCCGACGAGGUGAUGCUGCUCUUUCCCUAAAAUGGUUAUGGGGCCGACACUGUGACUCUCGCAGUGCCAUACAACAGAUACAAAGUGAAUUGGAUCAGGCAGGUGGAAAUGCCUCUUUCGCUGAUGUCUUUCUUAUACGUUCGGCUCGCAAUGGUUUAAUUAUUUCCAUGCUACUCAUGUUCUUCCAACAGUUUUCCGGAGUCAAUGCUGUUAUUUUCUAUACGGUACCCAUAUUCAAGUCGGCAGGCAGCACCUUGGAUCCCUCCGUAUGUUCCAUCAUUGUGGGUUUGGUACAAGUCAUUAUGACUUUCACCUCUUCUCUACUGAUUGAGAAGGCUGGUCGUAAGUCUUUGCUGAUAUUUAGCUCCACCAUUAUGACCAUUUGUUUAGCCAUAUUGGGUGCUUAUUUUGAUAUGAAAGAUGAGGGUAAGGAUGUUUCGGCCAUCGGUUGGCUACCCUUGUUAUGUGUGGUCUUGUAUAUGAUAACCUUCUCGGUGGGUUAUGGUCCCAUACCGUGGCUUAUGAUGGGCGAAUUGUUUUUGCCUGAUGUUAAGGCCACAGCUGUGGCCUUGACGGUUAUGUCCAAUUGGUUCUGUGUAUUUUUGGUUACCAAAACUUUUGGAGCUAUGGUUACUUCCUGGGGUUCCGAUAUGACAUUUUGGUUCUUUGCGGUAUGUAUGUUUGUGGCAACGCUAUAUGUGGCCUUUAUGGUAUUGGAGACAAAGGGUAAGAGUGUAGCUCAGAUACAAACAUGGUUGGAGGAUAAGUAGGGUGUGGGAAGGUGAUGAAAAGUGAUGUUGUAGAAGACAUUAUUUUAUGUUAUUAAUUUUUAGAGAAUUUUAUAUGUAAUAAUUUUAGCAUGUAAAUAACGGAACUAUACCAAAGGAGAUUUUAGUAAUUUAUCUAUAUGUACCUUUGUCACAAAAAUAUGGGGCAUUCCAUGGAAAUAUUCAAAUUUGUAUGUACCCCAUAUAAAUUUUAUAUACAAAAAAUUGGAAAAUAUUUUUUUUAAAUCUACUGCUUCCGAAACAGUAAAGUUGUCAACUUAACUUUCUUCUAGAUCAUGGAAUACCCCAUACGUAUAUGUAUGUAUUUGUAGAGCCCCCAAUCUAUUCCUUUAUGGUAGCAUUAGUGCACUAAGCCCACUAGGAACAUUUUUCGAUUUAGCUGAAGGUGGUAAUUUCUCAGGGAUAUUCUCCUUCUCCUUUAUAGAAUUUCUUUCCUCUUCACAAGUAUGCCCCAAGACUAUUAACAUAAAUCUGCCUAUACAUAUGUUUUUUUUAUAGUUUUUCGCAAAUUUUUCUAGUGGGUUCCCUAACUUACAGCCUUUUUCUCAAAACUUAAUGUAGAUUUGAAAUAGGUUUAUUUGACAGUUGUAUAAAGGGAGUCUGUCAAAAAAAACUACAUUAAGUUUUGUGAAUAAAGCCGUAAGUGUUUAGACUGUAAUAUAUUACUGUAGUUUGUAUGUACGACAUUAGUACAUAGUUAUUCUCAUGAUGACAUUUUUUUUUUAAUUUUGUGGUCUAAGUUAUUUUUGUAAUGCUUUACAAUUACUUUAAGUUAAGAUUUUGAAAUGUGCCAAUGUAUAUUCAUGAUUUAUUUUCGCUUAUAU